AAGAAGAACAAACGUAAGCAUGGCUGCUGACAUGAGAUUACCAACUAUUCGAAAACCAGUGUCAAUUUCUGCUUUCGAUCGAAAAGAUCUGGUCGUCCCCGGCGAUGUUAUCACUUCAGACACUGGUUUCAUGAGGGGUCAUGGUACCUAUGUUGAUGAAGACAAGCUGACGGCUUCAGUCGCUGGAGAGGUGCAGAGAGUAGACAAGCUGAUCUGUGUCAGACCACUUAAGACCAGAUUCAAUGGUGAGGUUGGAGAUGUGGUGGUCGGAAGAAUUACAGAGGUACAACAGAAACGGUGGAAGGUGGAGACCAACUCCCGGCUGGACUCUGUCCUCUUGCUGUCUUCCGUCAAUCUGCCUGGAGGAGAGCUGAGGAGAAGAUCAGCAGAAGAUGAGCUCACCAUGAGAGAAUACCUUCAGGAGGGCGAUCUCAUCAGUGCAGAGGUGCAGUCUGUCUUCUCUGAUGGAGCCCUGUCGCUUCACACCCGUAGUUUAAAGUAUGGAAAGUUGGGUCAAGGAGUGCUGGUACAGCUUUCCCCUUCUCUGAUCAAGAGGCAGAAAACACAUUUCCACAACCUGCCGUGUGGUGCAUCCAUCAUCCUCGGGAAUAAUGGUUUUGUGUGGUUGUAUCCCACACCGGGUCAACAGGAGGAGGAGGCUGGAGGCUUCUACACCAGUUUGGAGCCUGUUAACCUGUCAGACCGAGAGGUGAUUUCCCGUUUGAGAAACUGUCUGCUGGCACUGGCUGCACACAAGGUCCUUUUGUAUGACACCAGUGUUCUUUAUUGCUAUGAAUCUUCACUUCAACAUCAGGUCAAGGACAUCUUGAAACCAGAGGUGAUGGAGGAGAUUGUAAUGUUGACGCAACAGAAGCUGUUUGAACAGGAAGGUUAGACAACACAAAUCCAAACUGACCCUGUCCCAAAAUCAUGCCGAGUAUCUAUGUCAAGGACGGACCACCUACCUAAAGACUCAACUGGCUUUUUUCCACAGAAUCCUCCCUAUUGUGACAGCCUGAUGGGUAGUUCAGGUCUUGUCAGAAAAACUGCUGAUCAUUGUUUGACUGCUAAUCAUAAGUAUGAGUAACUUUCAAAAUACUGCAGAAAUCACUUGAGCAGCUCUUCUUAAGUUUUACAGAGGUAUAGUGGAACACUUUUGAUACUGUGGGAGGUUAUACAAAAACUGUUGUAUGCAAUA